UGUUAUUAUCUUAUUCAAGAAAAUAUCUGAGUAGUAUAAAAAAGUAAGCAGAAAUGAUUUUACAAUAGUGUACUUGUAGUCAAUAGCAUUGGCUUUUCAAAAAAUGUUCAAGCAAAUAAUGAGUAUCUUAUUGUUCCAAACUCUCUUCAAUUUAACGGUCGCAACAACUGAUGACAUGUGUUCAGGACAACCGAUGUUGUUUUGCCAAGAUCAUUUAUCAGAAGCGAAUUUGACUUUACUUGGAGAGUUUCCAAGUCUAGAAGCGUUAAGGAUAUUGUGUUUGCCUCUGAACAAUUACCUAAAUUGUCUACAAAAUUUUGAAGAAAACUGUGGUUGGAUUGACGCAAUGCCAUUUUCUUCUACCAAAGAACUUUUUGAUGUUAAAAAUUUGACCUCUGAAAUUUGUGAGAAUAAAUCCGUAUUGCACAAAGAUUAUGAAUCAAAUGCUGAGUGCUUGACUCAACAGAAUAAUUACAUUUCUGACUGUGAAGGAUAUGCUAUGCAAGCAAUAUACAGGUAUGAAAAUACUCGUCAACUUCGGAUUCGAGAAAGAGAUGAUCCGCAUUCAGAUGUGAAUCUUCUUUGCCUGCGAAAAUUCUGCAAAUUUGGAUGCAUGAUUGUUCAUGUACAGAAAAACUGUAGUGAAUCGGCAUAUAUGACGGUAAUGGAUAUUUUAAGAAGAUCUCAUGUCUUAGAAAGAUUUUGUAGCCAAGAUGAAAUGGAAAUCUUAGAAAAUAGAUACACAGAUUUCUGCGCUGUAUAAAUACGAAAAAAAAAAUUUCUUUGAAGAUUAUCUAAGAAAAUGAAAUUGGUAUCUCUUAAGUGUAAAGUUCUUAAAAAUUUAUAAUA